AUUACCGAAAUGAUUUUAUUUCUUAUAACUGUAAAGUUUUUUUUUUUACUAGCUAGGUCUUUGUCUAUUUAUUAAAAGAUUAUCAUUGUUCAGACUCUUAGGCUGUUUGACUAUAACGAGAUACAUAUACAAGAUGUCUCAAUGCGGGUCGAAACUUGUUUCCUUUGAGGCUUGUAAAAUACCGAAGAAAAACAAAGCAAUUCUAACAAUAAAUGAUGAAGAACAACAGCAUACAAUUUGUUUAAAUACAGUGAAACUUGAAGAGACCAACGCAACAGGAGCUGAUUUGAAGUCAUCAGUUUUGGAUCAAGUGCCUGCAUAUCGCGACAGAACAACUUCAACAAAUAUAGUCCUACUGCUGUACCACGUCGUGGAUGGGCAGGAGUUGCUCAUUUCAGAAGAAGAAAGCCUUGAAACAAUUAUGAACCGUUUAAACCAAAGUGUUCCCUGCUACCUGAAAAUCAGACAAAAGUGAGGCAAGCGGACAAGAAAUACUUAUUGUCACACAAGAGGAAGAAAAAUCUAUUUCACUAGAGCUAUUUCAUCAUUAGGUCCUUAACUCACUAUAUGACAACUUGAUUUGUGUGAAUAUUUUAUGUGUAUACAUUGGAUCUGCUGUAUUUUGUAAGGUUGUACAAUGUUUCCAAUAUGCUUGUUCAUGUUCGAUCGAGAGCAAUGUGCUAUUUUAAUCUUAUUCCCUUCUUAUACUUGAUAAACAUAUUUUGGUAAAACAUUUGGUAAUAACUGCUAUGACUACAUUAUUGGUGUGAAGAAUGAGUUUCUGUGCGGCUCCAGUCUCGUAGUGUGUUAUAUCUGGCUCUGGUUUUGUUCAGGUAUAUAAUGUCAAUUUUAAAAUAUAAACAUAAGUGUCAUUUUGAAAAAAAAAACACAUUUUGUUUCACCUUCAUUGUACUAUUACCCUUUGAAAUACCGGAUACCCUGAUGAUGUCUGCACCCAUCUACGAUAUCGCUUCAUGAUGGCUUUGGAGCAAGAAAAAAAAAAGUAAAGUUCCCCUUUCAGACCUUGCGUUCUAUGGGGCAGAUGAUGUAAAGGUCAUCUGUUUCUGCGGUCCACGGUUAGCGAGGGUGUCAUGUGGCCAGCACAACGACCAACAGCCUUUACUUUUCCUUAACUAAGGCCAGGUACCCAUUUGAGCUGGAUGGACUCAGGAGUACCCUAAAAAUGCUAAAAUUCAAAAUGCUAGUCUCCAACAGGAUUCGAACACUGGACUUCAAGCGCUUUAUCACUCAAUGGACUGCUUUGUCAUUUGUAUUUGAUUGGCUAUUUUAAUAGCAUUAUUACAGCGUAGAAUUUUGUUGUUUUCGAUAGAUUCAAAAUGCUCAAUAUUGGAAAUUAAAGAUAUUUUUUUGAAUAAUCAUUCAAAUCUAUGCAAUAAAAUUAUAGCUUUUAGCUACUGCCAA